GUGGGGCCCAAUUGAUCAGCUCCGGAGACCAGGAGACCAGAUGAGUCAUACCCUUUUCUAGGCUGUUGGUGCCUUCUCUCACCAUCCUUCUGCCCCGACGGUUCCAUACAGAAUGUUGGAGGGGACAGGGUUGUUGAAGGAGCAAGAGGGUCCAGGAACGUCCUUUCUCAUUCAUAGGGGUUCCAGCAAGGUCUCUGGCCAUUGAGUUACUGAUGCCCAGAGAAUUCUGGUCCCUGAUUGUUAGCCUGCAAUCCUGGUCCCUUCCCAAAGGCCGUGAAUCAACCUCAUUCCCAUUCUACCCUAGUGUCAGGGUCUGGAUGGGUCCCGUGUUUUAUUCUGGGAUGUCACUGGACCAACUGAUGACCCUUGGGAAUCCCUGGCUAAUUUAUAACUGAUAGUUCCCACACACUCUUGGUCAAGAGAAAGAACGGGCACAGAGGCCUGGAACUUACCUCUCCUGAAGGGCUGUGGGCAGAGAACAGCUUCAAGCCCUGGUGUGUGUGUUUGGGGGUACAAGGGGAGGCUCUCCAAGCAAGAGCAUAUAGGUAUUACAACCUGAGUCCCCUUCUUUUUUAAGCGUAUUUAUUAUUAUCAGUAGUAGUAAUCUCUACACCCAAAGUUGGGCUGGAACUUGUGACCCUGAGAUCGAGAGUCUCAUGCUCUUCCGACGGAACCAGCCAGGCACCCCCCCCCCCCCCGCCAAGUCCCCUUCUUGAUCACCUGUCCUAGUUGUUUCUACUGGCUUCCUUCACCAUCUCCUCUUCCUUCCCCUGUUUUCUCUCUCUCUCUCUCUCUCUCUCUCUCUCUCUCUCGGCUUUCUUCCCUGGCCUGGGUGUUCCUGGAAACUUCAGGUUCCAAUGCAGCAGACAGGCAGGAAUUCGGGUGCCCCUGAGUUAAGAAUGGACGCUCUGAGGAAGCUGGGCCUCAGUGGAAGGUGCUUAAGACCCAAUUUGGAAUCUCCACCAACCUCACUCAGGCCAAAUAAUCCAACAUAAAGUUGCUGGUCUGCAAGGAACUCCCGUUACCCAGUUGAAAAGGUUUUAAGCUUUAUGUGCACAAAGACCUUGUCUGUCAUGUUCACUGCUCUAUCCCCAAAGCUAGAACAAUGUCUGAAACAUACAGGCUCUUUCAGCCCGCAGUUCUGCAAGCCCCUUGGGGCCGGCUACUGCCAUGCCGUUAGUUCGCUACAGGAAGGUGGUCAUUCUCGGGUACCGCUCUGUAGCCCUGGGCCACAGCCCCCGAAAGGGCAGAGGAUGUAAAUGUGGAUGGAUGAUUUGGAUACAACUACCACUGCUUCCCACAGGGAAGACAUCUUUGGCACAUCAGUUUGUGGAAGGCGAGUUCCUGGAAGGCUACGAUCCUACAGUGGAGAAUACUUACAGCAAGAUAGUGACUCUUGGCAAAGAUGAGUUUCACCUACACCUGGUGGACACAGCAGGGCAGGAUGAGUACAGCAUUCUGCCCUAUUCAUUCAUCAUUGGGGUCCAUGGUUAUGUGCUUGUGUAUUCUGUCACCUCUCUGCAUAGCUUCCAAGUCAUUGAGAGUCUGUACCAAAAGCUACAUGAAGGUCACGGGAAAACUCGGCUGCCAGUGGUGCUAGUGGGGAACAAGGCAGAUCUCUCUCCAGACAGGGAAGUCCAGGCAGUUGAAGGGAAGAAGCUGGCAGAGUCCUGGGGUGCAACAUUUAUGGAGUCAUCUGCUCGAGAGAAUCAGCUGACUCGAGGCAUCUUCACCAAAGUCAUCCAGGAAAUUGCCCGGGUAGAGAAUUCCUAUGGGCAAGAGCGCCGCUGCCGUCUCAUGUGAGCCCUCAGGCAUUGGGUAGCUGCCUUGAUUCUGCCCCUGCACUUGCCAGGCUCCAGCGGGUGUAGGCCCUUAGGACUUCACGGGUAUGGUUGCCAGCUGUGUUCCCAGUCCUCUGGUCACACAGUGUGGUACCCUCAUGUUUGCACACUCCUCCCAGGCUCCAGUGGCCUGGUUGUCAAUGUUUACAACGGGGCAAGGAUGUCUCAUGGGCACUGGCCUCUCGUCUUCUGUUUUUGCUAAAUGAGUUGUUACAACCUGCAGGGUUGGGAUAUGAGUCCUAAGCAUUCUUUAUUCAGGACCCAGUCUUCUGUGCAGGUUUUGGGUGUUGGCUGUGUGAAGGGAGCUGGGGACUCCUGAAGUGGAGCUGACUCCCUAGGGUAACAAUGUAUAUAUGCAAAUAAACUGAGAAAUCUU